AUGGCAACAACAAGCAUCUGGGUCCAUCUACUACGAAGCGCAGUCGAUCGAUUCGUUCUUGUGUCGUGUCGAGGCCGGGGUGAUGAGGGUAGCGGUGUCAGCCCGUCUGGGCCAGGAGAGCAUGUCAGUAAAACUCACAGUCAUGCAGGCAGUGCGCCUGAGUUCUGGGGAGACCUGCAGGGCAAUGAUGGAGUCGCCGCCCAGGGCGAGGAGCAACGACUCCAGACGCACUGCGCUAAACGGGAGGAUAGGAAGCUGGCCGCAGAUUUGCCAGUCGAUGCGUCCCAAGCACUCGAGGGCGCCGUCGAGUUCGUACCGGACCUGAUCGCGCAAGCGGUGGAAACGCCUUGCCAUGCUACCCGCUCACCGGCUACCCUCAGGGCCUGGAAUCCAGCAAAGAACUCAACUGUUCGAAAGCUGGGCGGCGGCACCCACUAG